AUGAAUCCCGCCUUACCUUCCCGCCCAAAUAAGCGACCUCAUCACACGCCUCCCCUUCAACAGCACAGCUGGCCCGCCACUGUCAACCCGUCUACCCUUCCUACACUCUCGCGGUUCGCCCCACCGUUGUCUCCAGCUGAGGUGGCUACCAAUAACAUCUAUAAUCCUGUCCAACAAAAUUCCGAGGAGAACGUUAUGCAAUCGGUUGAUGGCUCGGUUGUCCCAAACGAUGCUGUUGGCCCCUCCGUAGCCAUAAUCCGGAAACCCCUUGGGCCGUCUUCUGUGCCUGCUAGCAACUUCGCUGUCCGCAGACGGUUAAAGGUGCCUCCGUCAUAUCUGCACAGAGCUCAUAGGCCCCAAGUUCCAGCUUCAAGUUCGAUGGGCGGAAUCGUCGCGCCUCAUGCCCCUCCCUCAACCUCAAUUGGUGUGGCUGACCUUACCCACAAUCCACAGACCACGCCUCCCCAUUCCGCUUCAGUGGAUACGUCCAAUGUUUCCCUCCCAACUCCAACCAAUACGACUGACCUCAUGCCAACCCCAGCUUCAUCUGAAGUGGUCAUUUACGACCCCUCUCGUACUCAUCUUGCAACUCAGAUGGAUAGCGCUCUUACUCCUCAAUCUCCAUCCCCAACUCAGGCUCGUAGUCAUCACGACCAUCUUCCACUUUCCCAAUUUGCCCCACCAACGUCAGCUGGGGACAUUUUCCAAGCUUUCACAGACAUAGAUUUUAAUAUGGAUCACACUGGCUCGAUGUCCAUUCCCAGUCAAUAUGACAUUUCUUAUGACAAACCUGCCGAUACUCUACCUUCCGCUUUGCGGAAUCAAAUACCCAUGGCCUCUAUGCCUUCUCCGCUUUCUUCCUCCUUGCAGUACCAGACACCACUGGCUUCCAUGCCUCCCCCCACUUCCUCUCCUUCUCGGAUGCCUAUGUCUUCUCCAUCUUCCACCGCUGUACCUGUAGUCUCUAUGUCUCCCCCACCUUCAUCUCCUUUGCAGAACCGGAUACCCAUGGCGUCUCCGCCUUUCUCUUCUGUGCGGAUGACUUCCCCAGUCACUCAUCGAGCUCAAACUCCCUUCCCGACCAAUAUGGACCAUUCAAGCCUAAUGUCUACCCCGGCCCGGCAGAACCAAUCAGCAGAAGCACCUUAUGCUACGCCAUAA